CUCUUUGCUUUUCUUCUUACGCUACUCUGCGACCCCUACGCAAAUCCCCAUCUGUAUUAUAGAUCUUUAGCGGCGACCGAAUCUACAAUUCAACCUAGACAAUGGAUUUCUCGCAUACCUUUUACGGUGGAGCUCAUCCCUAUCACUUUAUCGGGAUUCCUCCCUUGACCCCAUCCCAUUCCAAUUCAGCCGCAUCAGACGAGUUCAACAAUCACUCUCCACACGAUGUUUACGAUGGGCUCCAGAACAAUGAGCAAUUUCAACAGAACUUCGAGUCCUACGCCCAUUUCAACCAGCAACCUCAGGCCUUCCCAGGUCCUCCGGGCCCUCCGACACCACCGACGCAGUCCAUCCAUGGCCAGAAUGGCCAGAGCCAAUUACAAGUAAACGGCCUUUCGGAGAAGAAUAGUCAAGUCGAUAUACUACCGAUGGCUAAGCCGGAUCCCGACGGAAGCAGACAGACGGCAUCUAACUCGGACGAGGAUGACCUGACGCCUGCCCAAUCCCGUCGUAAGGCGCAAAACCGAGCUGCUCAGCGCGCAUUCCGAGAACGUAAGGAACGUCAUGUCAAAGACCUCGAGGCAAAGCUGGCCAACUUAGAAGCGCAGCAACAUCAGACAGCAAGCGAAAACGAAAAGCUAAAGCGCGAUCUACAGAAGAUGAGCACAGAGAACGAAAUCUUACGUGCCACGUCUAGCGUCCAAGCUCAGAAUGGCUCCCUGUCACCGCAACCCACGACGACUACGGGUCCCAUGCAAUAUAACCCCACGGAGUUCUACUCAGACCUCCUUCAGAACCAUGCCAACAAGACCCCAAGUCACCGCAUAGUGGAGUCUGGUGGCGAACGCCUCCUAGCUGCCGGCGCUACGUGGGACUACAUUAUUAACCACGAGAUGUUUAAGAAAGGCUUAGUGGACGUUGGCGAUGUGAGCCUACGUCUCAAGUCCCAGGCAAAGUGCGACGGACAAGGCCCGGUCUUCGAAGAACGCGUCAUUCUUCAGGCCAUCGUGGAAAGCGUCGCUAGCGGUAGCGACGAGCUAUUAUGAGCAACUACGUUUUGCCUAGUUGGGUCUUAAAGGGGUUUGGUCGGCGGAAAAAGGAUUUGGUCGAGAUAGCGACAGGGUUUGACAUAUGGGAG